ACAGUCUCGCGAGAUUUAUUUUUAAAGUGAAAACCACUUGUUUAUAAUUUAAGUUUAUUCACUUUUGCUUUUAGUUUUACGCUUUAAUAAUAGUGCAGCUAAAUUUUUACAUGUAUUUUCGAUACCAACGAUGAAAAUGUAGCUUGUUAGUUGUGAAAUUUGAGUGCAAAAUUUGAUUUUGAAUAAUCCAAUUUAUGUCAAUGAACUUUACAAUAUGAAAUAGAAAAAAUUAGAAGAAAGAUCAGGAAAAAAAAUUGCGCUUAAUUCUUAGAUCACGAAUCCCAUCAACAAAAAUGAGUUCAAACUGUGUCGUUGUGGUUUGGGAAGUUGAGUCAACUUCACUUAAGAAAUAUAUUCCGUACUCUCCUUCGGUGUCGCAGAAUCUCGAGCGAGCAUUUGCUAAGAAAUUAACGCAAGUCUUUCUUGGCGACUCGGAUGCAAGUCUGAGUGAUUUUUAUGUGAAUUUAAGAACAAUGAAACAAUGUUCGGAGAAAAAUAACACUGAAUUCCCUUUUUUGAAUGUGAGACGGCAGUUUUACAGCCCGUCAAGUCCUCCAGGUAAAGGAAUCAAAUGGGAGCAUGCUGGAAACCUAAACAACGAAUGGCACCAGUACGAUAUUGAAAUUCAAUGCCUCAUCGAAGAUGCAUGGUCAAAUGGAAAUCAGCAAAUCGAUAUUUCUGCAUCUUACAUUCAAAUGCCGUAUAUCAUCGACUUCUGUAACAUGAUCCAAACACGUAAGCCUAGUGGACCCAUAAAACAAAUCCGAAGAGUAACACAAGCCGUUUAUCCAUUGACCAAACUCCAGAGUGCAAUCAAUCAACAGUCAACUUUGGUAUCAAAUGCUAAUAAAUUUAAUCAACUUCCACCGAAAUGUGCCAUUAAUAACACAAAUCGAAUGUCAAUAAAUUCAAAUCGAAGAAGCAUAAAAAGUAAUUAUUUGCAACACCAGCAAAUGUUGUCUACAUCAGCACCGAAAUUAAAUAAUUUUAAUGACACAACAUCUCAGACGGGAAGUACAAAAUCAGCUCCAGCUCCAAUUACACAAAAUCAAUACAGCUCAGUCAUUGGAAUACCGCCGAGCGGUAAAAAGUCUUCCAAGUCUUCGAAACCAUCAAAAAAUGUUCACGACACUAUAACAACAUCUCCAACCAAUCUCGCAAGACAAAUUCUUAAUAAUUUGAAUAUUUUUUCUCAUCAUCAUCAUCAUAAUCAUUAUGAAAAAGGAGAACCAUCAUCAUCAUCAACAUCAACGUAUAAAAAAGGUUUCAUUUUGAGUCAUAACGGCAGCCAUAAAUCUAAGAAAAGUCUUUGUAAAAAUUCACACGGCAGCACGUCAAUGCUUGAUCUGGAAACAAGCAGUAUAAAUUCAAGACGACCAAGUGUUGACACAAUCUCCACAUAUCUAAGUAAUGGAAGUAAAGGCAGUCGAGGUGGAAGUGUGAGAGGAAAGCCAAGUUAUGGCUCAGUGUCUGAUCUUCUGAACUGUUCUUUGAGUAGUGAGAAUGACGAAGUCUUCCUCUCCAGCCAUAGCAGUUUAUCGAGUAGCAUGAGCAUGAAUAUGAUCAUCAAAGGCAGCAUUGUUGGCAUUGAUUCAAACAGCGAACAAAUUUCACGAUUUGUGAGUGUCGUUGAUCCACCGCAAUCAAAACCAUGCCCAAUAUGUUUAGAUGAACUUCAUCGAGAAAACAGUGCAAAGAAUCCAACAGUGUCAUUAAGCAGAUGUCAGCAUUUGAUGCAUUUAAACUGCUUAAAUGAAUUGAUAUUGAGUCAGAAAAAUGAUCUUCAAAAGAGUUUGUACAUUGAAUGUCCAACAUGUGGAAUAAUUUAUGGCGAAAAGCGUGGAAAUCAACCACCAGGAACAAUGAGUUGGAUAACAAUACCGAAAUCAUUGCCAGGCCAUGAAGAUUGCAACACAAUUCAAAUUAUUUACAAUAUUGCUUCCGGUGUUCAAAAUGAACAUCAUCCAAAUCCUGGGCGAGCUUUCUUUGCUGUCGGAUUUCCUCGUUUGUGUUAUCUUCCUGAAAAUCCAACAGGAAGAAAAAUUUUGCGCUUCCUUAAAAUUGGCUUCGAUCGCGGACUUUUAUUUUCAAUCGGACGAUCAGCAACGACUGGACGUGAGGAUGUGGUGAUUUGGAAGAAUGUUGAACAUAAAACUCAAUUCUCAAUGUAUCCAGAUCCAACAUAUUUACAACGAUGCAUGGAGCAACUCGUUCAUCUUGGUGUCACUGAUUGAAAUUCGAUUUGAUUGAUUUUUUUGAUGAACAACCAAAGCGAUCAUCUGUGAACAGUACAAACUUUGUAAUCAAUUAAAGACAAUCUCAUAAGAGCUACAACUUGCCAAUCCUUUGAAUCUCGAUAGAAAUGUUUGUAUUAUAUUUGAUUUUAUAAUUUUUAUUUUAAUUUGAUUUAAAUUUAAAUUUUGAACGAGUGAAGUUGAAGAAAAAAAAUUUAAAUUUAAUUUCUCAUGAAUAACUUAAAACAGGACAAGAUUGAAUCAACUUCACUUUUUAUUUUAUGUGCCAAUAUUUGACGAGUGAACAAUAAUUUUCUUGCAAAAGAAUCGAUUAGAAGUGAUAAGAAAAUCCAAGCAAUGUGAUGACAAACACAAUAGAAAAUAUUUUCAAAGUAUUUUCAAUCUCAUCUCCAAUUUCUUCCAUAAAUUCAUUUUAAGAUUUAAUUUGAGAAAAAAAAAAUAUUUAGAUGAAUUAGAAUUAAGAAUUUUAAGAGUUAAGAAUAUAUUUUUGAUUAAAGAUUUGAAAAAUAAAAAUAUUUUCAAUUCGAAGAAA